CCAAGGCGACGCCUCCGCCUUCACUGCCAAAGACCGGUCCUUUAAUCAAGACUUCAGUUGCACAACCAGUCAAACCACGCACAGCACCCCCACGCUCAGCUAACACAGCCGCACCCCCAGCUCCAAGUGUUCCAAAAAGAUCCCCCGGAGCGGUUGUGGCAAAUACAACCAAUGGGAAUGACUCUAAUCUAAAACCAACCAAUGAAAACAGACCCAGAUCAGAGUCCCACGUGACUAAGGUCCUGUUUCCGGGGUACCGUGGUAGCAAUGACGUAUCGGGUGAACCCGUGCCCCGCGCACGCUCGAAUACGGACGAGAGAAAGACCGACACCCCAUCAACAGACCCAUUCCAACCGAACAGAAGUAGCCAAUCAUCCAGACCUCACAACACAACGCACAGACGCACUGGCUCGCAAACGAAGCCUGUUGUUGGGGUACGCAUGACAGGGACAGACCGCAACCAGACCCUCAACCGCACCACCAGUCAACCAAUGACUGAGUCAGGCAGCAAGCACCUCUCCAUGCCGACGGGUCCACGCACGAUGGCACACACACCGCCGAAACACCAUUCGGGCUCCCAGAAUAGCCUCAACCAAGCCCAACCUCAACCACAGGCAUUUGCGAUGAGUAGGAGUUUCGGCGGGUCUCCGGCUGGCAGUGGCUCUAGUUUCGGACCCUCGAGUUCCGCGAGGGGGGUAGUGGGGAGUGCUAGUAUGAGCUCAGGGCUUAGUGGAUAUGCCGACGGCCAAACAGGCAUGAAUGAUAGUGUACAUAACGGUACGAAUACGAGUGGGAGUAUGAGUCGAGGCGGUAUUGAAGCAUACACGCACCCGGGUGGGGUGGCGUUGAAGAACUGGUCGAUCCCAGAGGCGCUGGAGGUUAACUACUACACAAACUUCGAGCACCUGGCCGAGGGCAAGGCAAAUGUCCCGAGUAAGUGA